GAGCAGCGCUGGCCAGCGGCCUCGGCUCGCCCCGCGGGACCUUCUGACAAGAUGUGCCGUGCAAAAAGUAAAUGGUUAGCGUUCACUGGAGUGCUUCUCAGCUGCCUAGAAAUGAUAUUUUCAGCAAACACAGCUCCAGAUAUACCUGUUAUUGACCGAGCUUAUUCAAAACUUAGCAACAGUAUCACAGUGGAAUGGAGAGCAGUACUUGGGGCUACUAAUUAUAUGCUGACUGCAGAAGAUGGAGAUUCCUUCAUUGAAACAAUAGUAAAAAAUUCUCCAGGCACAGUGACGGGACUGAAGCCUGCCACCUUGUACCGAAUUACUGUCAGAUCUAUCAAUUCAGGAGGAAAAAGCCAGCCUUCACCUUUCAGAAAAGUAAAAACAGUGCUGGCUGCUCCGAUUCUGUCUGUUCAUUCUCCGAGUUGUGACUCCAUUGCAGUGAGCUGGAAAGCUGUGCAUAUGGCAGCUGGGUUCUCUGUGUCACUCAUGAGAUCAGAUGGCUUGGGCAGAAUGCUGAAGCAGAACACCACCAAUACCUCCUUGAUAUUUACAAAUUUAGAUCCAGGAACUCUCUAUACUAUCAAGGCUUAUGCCUGGAAUGCCAAUGGGAUGCCUGGAGAUGAUUUCACGUGUAACCAAAGAACAAGUCCUGAUGCACCAGUGGAUGUUAAAGUAGCUUUCAAUAGUGGUGCUUUAAGAGCUGUUGUCUCUUGGAUGCCAACAGAAGGAGCUCUAACUUACAGUGUCACAGUCUUCAGUGGACUCCUGAAACUGAAGUGUAACACAUCUUCUGCCUCCUGCGUAGUGCCAUCCCUCCAGUGUGGCUCUGAAUACUAUGUGUCUGUCACAGCAUACAAUGAUGCUGGAUCCAGUGAACCUACUGAUGCAGUAAGCUUAAAAACUGUUCCUUGUGCACCAGUAAACAUCUCAAUUGAGGAGGAUGAACCUGGUCACUUGCUGGUAUCGUGGUCUAGUGUCAGUUUGGGUCAUUAUUAUGUGGUUUUUGUGAAGAGUGAUGAUGGCUUGGAAGUGCACUGCAAUACAUCAUAUACUCAAUGCCAUUUCCAGUCUGACUGUGGUUUCACUUACUUCAUUAGUGUCUUUGCAUAUAACAAGGCAGGGCAGAGUCCUUUAGGUGAUGUAUUCAAUUACACUACUGCUCCUUGUUGCCCCAGUGACUUCAGGGUUGUGUUCAUGUCCAGCGACACGGUGCGGAUCACCUGGGCUCCUGUGCGAGGCGCUGACCUGUACGAGACCCGAGCAGCGGGUGGCAGCGGCGUGGUGCUCUGCAGGGACACGGCCACGGCCUGCACCCUGUCGGCUCUGCAGUGCAGCACCCCCUACAACAUCACCGUGUACUCCUUCAGCGAGGCCCGGGGCAGCAACACCUCCUGUGCGCCUCAGCACGUGGCAACAGCUCCCUGCAGUCCUGAAAUUAAAAAUAUUUCAAAGGAGGGUCUAUCUGUAAUCAGUGUGCAGUGGCAACCUAACAAUGAAGAAGCUACGUAUGUUGUCACUGCCAGAGGAGAGGCUGGACUUUGGCAUUGCACAAGCACCAGGAAUUCCUGUACCCUAAUGGAUCUUCCCUGUGGAUCUGCUUUCUCUGUAAGUGCUAUAGCAAGAUCACCAGCAGGACAGAGCUUACCAAGCUACAGUAUCCCUUUAGAGACAGCUCCUUGUUGUCCUAAUGACCUGAUACUAGCCCAAGUGACACAGUCGGUGACCAAUAUCAGCUGGUCUGUUGGGAGGGGUGCACAGACAUAUGUAACAACACUGGAGUCUCCAAAAGGACAGGCAAAGUGUCACACACUUCAGACCUACUGUCUCCUGGGAUGCAUCACUUGUGGCACCAACUAUACAGUGUCUCUGAGAGCCAUUAGUGAGACAGGUUUGACAUCCAGCUGCACCUAUCAGGGAUAUUCUUCCAGUGCUUGCUGCCCUUCUGGGGUGAAACUCUACAGACUCAGCAACAAUGGCAUCAGGGUGUUCUGGCGACCUUCUGAUGAAACAAUAAACUACAACGCUGACUUACGUGGCUCAAAGGGCAAUUUCAGCUGUACCCCCAGCUCGGGUCUGAGUCACUGUGAUAUCACCAAGAUACCCUGUGGGGAUGUCUACACUGUGGUGGUAGCUCCAGUGACUGACAAGGGGCCAAAGGUCACAUUUUGUCCUAAGAAAAUAUAUUCAGUCACCUGUUCUGGAAGCUCUGUUGGAAUGGUUAUUUCUAGAGGAAAGAGCAAUGUAAAACACAUCUAGAUGAAAUUCUGGUUCAGAUGAGUCUUUUUUUUCUCCUGAAGCUGGAAAGACACAUCUGUGUCUAACAGCAACAUUCACAGCUGCUUGAGGACUGGGAGCAGGAAAGCUGAACAUCUAGCCAUAUCUGAGACCUAAUCCAGGCAGGACCUUCUCUCAUACUCCACAGUGGUUACUUUUCUAGCCGACUUUGAAAGCAAAGUUUAAGGUCAAGGGUCCCACAAACGUGUGUAAUCUACAGUCUUCAAAAGCUCAUGUGUACCAAGGUAUCCAAAGACUACAGGGUUUUUAGCACUAUUCUCAGCUUAUAAAACAGACACUAUCCACUCUGGGAACUGCCUUUCUUCAGAGAACACAGCAGGUGUUAGGUAUCAGCCAAUGCUUCUGAUCACUUGUGCAAGGUCUCGUGGGAAUCUCAUGCUUCAAUAAGUUGCUUGUAGAUGGCACAAGAACUAUAUGCUGCUUCUUAAAACAUGAUCUGCAUUUAGUCACAAUCAAGCCUUUCUUUAGGAAACUAUUUAAAACUGCCCUGCAUUAGUUAACAGAAAGUUGGUUUUAUUUCUCAAUAAAAAAAAAAAUUAAACAGCUUUCUUCCCUGAGGGUUCUAUUUCAGUAUUUCUUCUUUGCAGACAUCAUUGCCAAACACUGUCACCACA